GAUUCGGAGAUGGUAAGGAGAGCUCGACUGGAUCAGGUAGAUUCGAAUUUCCUAGGAAACGCUACAAUCGAAAAUGAAGGUUACUUGGUGUUGCGUGAUGAUAAUUGUUUAGCUUUGCAUGUCGAGCCAGAUGUAAAUGGCGUGGUUUAUUGUCUGUUUCAGCCAUUUCAGGACGGCAUAUACUACCCUUAUAGCAGUGACACCCAGGGGAAUCAUUCAUCGGCAGGGAUCCCAUCUCUCCUGAAUUCCCCACUCAGCCAGCCCUCCGUAAAGGUCCAUUCUGCACUAGGCAUGGCUCCUUCCAGUGCGCCACCCACCAUUCUGCCUUUCAGGUUCCGCCAGCGUAGGGAGAGUGUAGACUGGCGGCGAAUCCACGCUGUAGAUAUUGAUCAGGUGAUAAGCCAACUAGAUGUGGAUAUCCUACAGGAGCACAUAAGCACCGUGACCUUCUGCAGCUUGGAUGGAGAGCGGUGUCAGCGCUGUCAGAGCCCUGUGGACCGAGCGCUCAUCAAGAUUCUCCAGUUGGCCCAACUCACUGUCGAAUGGCUCCUCCACUGUCAGGAAUGUCUCACGCUCAAUCUGCAAGCAGCGGAGGAGAGGCUGGCGAGUGCCAACAUGCAACAGGAGCAGUUACUGGCCCACUUGAAGAAGCAGGAGGAAAGCAUGAUGGAGAUGACGGCCGAGCUCAAGAAACGGAAUAAGAUUAUACGCAAACAGCAAACCCUGUUCGCUCCGCAUAUCACCAACAGUCAAAAGUGCGCGUUUUGUAAAAAGAAGUUCCUCUCUGCUUCAUUUCUUCAAAGUCACAUGCAGCGGCGCCAUCCCGAUGAGAGCGACAUGCAGUUACAAUCAAGCAGUGAGGAGAAAUCUCAAAUCCAAGCCCUGAAAUUGGAGAUGAACAGUCUGAAGGAGCAAAUUGGUCAACAGCAACAAAUAUUGGAAGCCAAAGCGGCCGAGAAUCAAAAGCUGCAGCGACACGUGGAGGAGAGUGAGUUACAAAUGCGAGAAAGCGAGAAGAAAUCUCAGAUCGAAAGCCUCAAACUGGAGAUUAAAAAUCUGAAGGAUCUUAUUCAACACCAACACAUCAUACAAGCAAGACCAACAGAGGAUGAAAAGCAACAGUCCAAGGACAAAGACCUGCUAAAGGAACUAGAUCAUUUUAAAGCGGUAGAGAUGGUCCAGAUACAAGCCAUUCAAAAGCUGGAACAUCAACAGAAACAGCAGGACAAAAAAUGGGAGGCCAGGCUGGUGAAAAUCACAACACAUUAUGAGUCAGAAAAGAACGACUUGCAGAAAGAGUUGAAAAGAUUGCAGUCGGCCAUGUCGGAGAACCAGGAGCAGAGCAAGAGGCAGCUGCAGGAGAUGUGGAGGAAGAUGCAAGAGAAGGAGCAAACCAUCCGGGAUCAGAGGGAGCAGAUACAAAAUACAUCUUCAAACUUACCCGCUAAAGCACAUAAAGUAUCAGUGGUAGGAAAUGCACCAGCUCCAGAGCCUAAACCAAAGAAAGUUGUACUUGAGGAGCUCAUCUCUGUUCCUCAGCUGGAUCCAAUACAAGAGCUGUCAGAAGAGGAGGAAGACUUGACCACCAUCCCUGAGAAGAAGCCAGUGGAGAAAAAGCCUGAACCCGUUCCAGAGAAGAAAGCCAGGGUUCCCGUCAGAAGGAACCCCAAUAAGACGGAAAUCAAGCGACAUCUCGAGCAAGUUGUUUUGACGAAACUGGAGACAGUGGGAGUGAAGCCGGAUCAGAAAAAACUGAAGACCAAAGAGCUCAGGUCAAUUCUUGCUAAUAUACACACAAAGCAACAGAGCCUUGCAAAGAAAUUUCCCGACUAUUGGCACCAUCGUGCGGACAUACUUAACACUUUGGAGCAGCAGCUGGCCUUAAAGAAGAAGGACAGCAAUCUCCAGUCUUUGGACAAAUCCAGACACUCUGCUCAGGUGUUGCAGACGCGCCCUCGAGCCAGUAGUCUACCCUCUAAAGCAUCGCAGGGCAUCUCUGAAGCCAUAGCCCAACAAGCCAAGACCCCCCAACCCGCACCAAGAGUCAAGACCACCAUCCAACCAAAGACGUCUACACCGAGCCAUAAAACUGCUCAGAAAGAACAUACUCCCAAAACGCCGCCUUUCAGCUCCUUUGUGGAUUCAGAAGGCGAGGAUACAGACAUGGAGGACACUGAGUCUCCUCAACAAUGGGGCAAACCUUCACACGUCACAACAAAUAAGCAGGAAGCAGUUCAAAUCACUGCAAGAAAAUCCAAUUUGAUCCAGGCGAAGCCAGCUCCAGCUGGUCUUUCAUCCUUUAAUAGCCAACUUUCUGGUGGUGUGAACAAGACAGCAGCUGUCAUGAAGAUAGGGAAUGACAACCAUGAUGAGAUCUAUGAGGAUGACUUUUCAGAUGUCAGUGAGCUGCAGGAGAUUGACUCCAGGCAGCUCCAGAGUUUCAAAGACCAGAAUGGCAACGUAGAAAAGACAUCCUUUGGUAAAGAAAACAAAGUGAGUGAGUUGGCAAGGAAAAUUGAGAGUCAGGUUGCAAAUAAAGUGUCAAAGAAACCCGUAGGGGGCGUGAGCAUCUUGCCAGAGGCCAAUGAUGAGGUUCACGAGUUCUUGUCUUCAGAUCUGGAGGAGAGCAGCGAUGACGCCCAUUCCUCUUUUGAAGACAGACAAGGAAAAUCGAAACCCGCCUACAACUCCGGAACAACGGUGAGGAGUCAUGACUCACCUAGCACCAGCGUGUGGGACUCCUCCACAGGAAAAGACACUUCCAUAGGAAAGGCUCCAAGAUCAGGUUUGACUGAAGCUGGAACGGGGAGCACCUUGAAAAGCAGUCUGUGUUACCUCAGUGACAUCUGUGACUCGGAAGAUUUUAAUAAUUAACACAAAUGACACUCCUGAUCAUCAGACAGUGGCGAAGCUUGUGGUAAAUUGCAGAAGGAACCACAAACAAGACACGCUAUGUUGUGUUGUCUACAAUCACAUCCACACCACCGGGCAAACAAAACCGAGAACCUCGAUUCCAUAUUUGGAAAACGGACUCAGCAUAACAAUAUGUUAACAUAGCUAAGCAAUAUGUUAGCAUUUUCAAUAUUACCUCAUCCCUGUGCCAAGUUUUUUGCACAUGGUUUCCAAUGUGCUUUUUUUUCAGAUUUCCUUUUAUUUAGUAAACAUUACAGUGCUGAACAUAAUUAUUAGACCAUCUGUCAAAAAAAUACAGAAAUCAUUUAAAAAUAUGUUUAUAGUAAAAACUAGUACGUAUUUGUUUUACUGUUUUAAACAGGACCGAGUAAUUUUGUGACAUUCAACCCCAAACACGAUUUCUAUUCAAGAAGUCAGGUAUAAUAAUAAUAAUCUGAUUUCUUAAAAAAAACGUUUUUUUAAUUUUCUUUAUAUAACACUACCCUGAAAACGUAUUCAUUGAUCACACUUUUUUUUAAAGAAAAAUAUAUGUAGCAUCGAUAAUUAUUCUUAGUAUCAUUAAGAAUAAUUAUCUAUAUAAUUGAUAUAAUUUGAGUUACAGAGCUGAUUUAUAGUUCUUAAACUAUUACAUAAAUGUAUUUAGGGCAGCCAUCAUAUAAACCUCAUAUUGGGUGUUGGUCUAGUAAAUUUGUUUAGCACUUUGUGUAAUGACACUUGUUUAUAAUUCUUUGUUAAAUUAAGUCUUUGUGAAUUUUUCUAUAGAGAAGUAUUUUUACAAGCAAUACAACAGUUAUUGAUUAAUUGAGGAAUACAUGUCUGUUAAGAAACCUAAAAAAGUUCUUAGAGAAAAAAUAUCAGAAGGGUUUGCUGUUGUUUUUACGUGUAUCUUCUAUAUGCCAUGUUUUAGUGGUGGAAAGGCAGAGCGUGUUCAGAUUCCAUGACUGUUUGUUCCUCCUGUCUAUGCAUCCGGCCAUCCAAUAGCUGACCAGACUGCAAACUAAAACAUUGAUAACAGAGUUCAAUGUUGCUAAGUAGAUUGUUUUUGCAGAUACUAAUUCUUUCAGAAGUGAUUGUCACAGUUUGAGAAAGAAAUGUAUCUUUAUAGCACACUUAUAAAACCAACCACAGCUGAAACAAAGUACUGUACAACGUCAAAAAUAUAAACCUUAAAAAAAAAAAAAACACAAGCAAUAAUGAUUUUUAUAACAAUAUUGUAAUUUUUAAAGCAUAAUAUUCUGCUGUCCUACGGUGCAGAAGGUCAGUAAUUGCAUGGCAGGAUAUAAAUGGGGAAAGGCUGCGGGCUGCUGAUCAUAACAUGCAUUUACAGGUCGCGACAAGAAUCCACUAGCUUGUGCGGAAAAGAAACUGGGUAUGUUACAUAAAAA